UCAGCCGUUGGCAACAAUACAACUGAACAGAACGUGGAACUCAACGACGAGCGAUUUAGAAUAGUUAAUGAGGGGAAAGGAAGAAGAGCUAUUCUGCAGUGCACCCCACUGUCCUUCCAGGAAGAAGAAAUCAAAAUUGACAAACUACAUGAGAGUGUCUUAACAUUUGAGAAGGUUAAUUCUAUAGAUGGUUGGUUACCAAAGGAGGAUAAGUAUCAUAAUACUACAAAUAAGAACUUACAUAAUAACUUCCAGUCAUCUCAGAUGUCUACUAUCAGCACAUCCUCAAUGAAAAUGGAGAGCUCCAGACAUGACUGUGUGUGUUAUUUUUCUGAGAAUGAAUUUGCGGAUGCAAAAGGAAAAGCAAGUUUGAUUCACCACAUCAUUGCAGAACAAAAUCAGGCUAACGGCCUAAUGGCUACAAAUACUCCAUUUCACACUGAAGGACCUACAGAAAAUGGAGCUAAAGAGGAGGAGAGUGGGAAUAUGUUGGACAUAAAUUUCUUAGACCACAGUGGUGAUAUCUGGUGGGUAUUAGACAACAUCAGAAUGGUCAGUGAUAAGCUAAAAACAGAACUGGAAAAGUCCCUAAAAAGGGAAAUGGUUCUUGCCCAUAAAGUAGAACAUCUGCGGCGCAGAGGUGAAUGUUCAUGUAGUGAGACAAUUCAGUAUGCUAAUGAAAGAAAUGACAGAAGAAUUGCACAUGCAAACAAGACAGAGGCCAACAAUUUGCAGCAAAAUCCCAUUUCUUUACAGGAGAAUGAUAUGUGUGAUCCUGAGCACUCUGCAAGUGACAGAUACAAUAAGCCUUUUCUGUCCAGUGUAUCUCUGCUUUUUAAUGCCAGCCCAAUCACAUCUUCUAGUGAUACAAUAAAAAUUACACAGUCUAAUAAUGACCCAAAUAAUUCUAAGAAGCUAGGAGAAGCUUGCUGUGGGGAAGAAAGAGAUCAAAAUGAUAUUGAAAUAACAGAGUCUUUACCAGAAACACAGAUCAAGCAUUUACAGGAUAUGACCUUAUUGAAAGCUACACUAGAGACCUUACAGUUUGAAAAUGAGGCCUUGAAAGCUCAAGUGGAACAGUGGAAAUCAAGCACGAAAAUGUUUAGCAGUGACAUUGUGACUCCAGAGAGGGAAAUUGUUGAAUUGCAACAAAAAAAUGAGAACCUUCAGAACAAACUUCUGAUUGAAGAAAGAAAUUGUAAGGAGUGUUUGAAAGAGAUGAGGAAGUUUGUUUAUAAAUACAACAGCCUGAGAUAUUAUACCAAAGAUCUGGAGCUGGAAAAAAGACAGCUAACAUCUGAGAAGCAAGCAAUAAGUCACGUACUUGAGGAUCAAAAAAGCGAGAAUCAAAGACUGCAAUGUGAUCUUCAAGAAAAUAAAGAGAAAACUAAUGCAUUGGAAAAAAAGUUGGCAGAUAUAGUGAAAGAAUUUAAUUUUGUGAGGAGACAGCUUGACACAACUCAAGAGAUAUGCAAACAACAGGAAAAGGAAAUAGCAGCCUUGAACUCAGAGAAGGAGGCUCUUCUUCAAGUUUUACAGCAGACAAAAGAUGAAAACCUUAGUGCCAUUUUAGCACUGCAGGAGGCCACCAUCGAUAGGAGGACUCUGCAGAAAGAGAUUGACUCUCUUGUCAUUCAAAAAUCAGCAGCAGAAAUGAAGCUAUUGGAAAAGACUGAGAAGGAUGAGGCUGAAAAAGUACUUGGUGGUUGCAUGGGAAAUGAGGGAGAGAUGUUUCCUAAAAUUUCAAAGCUGCAAGAGGAUAACUGUUUUCUCCAGCAGGAACUGGAACUGCAUGUCCAAAAAACUCUGCAGCAGGAAGCCAGCAUCCGAAAGCUUAAAGAAGAACGUGUGCUGUUAGAGAACUGUCUCGCUGCCAUACAAAAUGAGAAAAAUACUCUUCAGCUUGAAAUGAAACAGAUUCACAAAGACUUCAUUGAUCUCACUAAUAAAAGUGUUGGAUGCUUCAGUUGUAAAUGCCAGAUGCAGGCAGCCAGUCAAAAGAUUCUUCCAGAUAUUAUAAAGAAAGAGGAGCAAAAAGAUGAAGAAUAUUCACAUGAAGUCAAUGAAGAAAUCAGUAUCAAAUCUGAUAAUUAAAACUCUCACAGUUUCAAUAUUAUAACAUUGUUUAACCUGACUAAUCAUUUUAUUUUUUUUUAUUAUUGUCAGGAGCUUCCUUGUACCCUGCCCAUGGCCUUACUUCCUUGCCACAAUUAGAAUUGGAUCCUCAAUUUCAAACUCCUCCUGUUUAUGGGUGACACAUGGCAGACACCCAAGGAAAGGAACAACAAUAUUUAAAAGAGGAAUCUGUUUUGCACCAAUUGCAUCUGUGGUUUCUUUGUGUAUGUUCUGCCAGCGUUUUGGUUUAGGGUUUGGUUGAGUUCUUUUCAAGUUAACUUUGUCAUUAGUAUCCUGUGUAAAAGUUCUUUAAGUUGAGUUUAUUGGACUAUUUAUGUAUUAUUGGUAAUGCCUGCUAAUCAAGUAAGCAUUUGUGAUUUUGGCCAGUCAAAGGUUUCCCAGAAUGCCUUGGUCAUUGCAAUCUCAUCAUCAUAGUUGUCAUUGUUAUCAUCUACUUACAUGUCCUUUUUAUUAUAAAUGACAUAAAUAUUAU